UUUCUUCUUUGCUUAAGCCUCUUUUCUAUAUGGAAGAGGAAGAUCAAAAAGAACUGCAGCUGCUCCCCACUCCGCUCUCCAUAGCGUCAUCUUCCCAGAUGUCAUCUCGGGCGUCUGAUUCUUCACUAAGAUAUCGAUCGACGACGACGAGUGAUCAAUACGAAGGGCCAUCACUCGACUUGCAACUAUCGAUCAGCCUCAGGCCAAUCCAGCAACCAUCGAAUUGUGUUAUUGCAGGACCCAUUUGUGACUUCGGUGAUGUUAAGGCCGACACAAGCUGCGUCGAGUCCUUGAAAUGGCAGGCGGCUGAGCAAAUUCGAUUGGCAGCUAUCGAAAAGGCUUAUGCAGAGAGAGUGAGGGAGCUUACAAAGAGGGAAAUGGAGUUGGCACAAUCUGAAUUUGCGAGGGCUAGGCAUAUGUGGCAAAGAGCUAGGGAGGAAGUGGAAAAAGCUGAGAGAAUGAAGGAGAGAGCAACAAGGAAGAUAGAUUCUACGUGCAUGGAGAUUACUUGCCAGUCUUGCAGGCAAAGGUUCAGGCCUUGAUGCUUUCAUAUAAACCCUUGUUUAAGAUAUAGCUGAGUUUUUGUUCCAUAACCGAGUUUGUUAUUGGGGUUUGAAAAUUUGGGCAUUGGAUUUAUCAACUUCCUUCAACAUAGAAGAAGGAAAUAACCCAAAAGAACACAAUAAGAGCAGCACGAAAAUUAUGCAAUGUCUAUUUUUAAUUCAUUGCAAUUGGUGUUUAUGA